AUGAAUGAGGUAAGGGAUACCCUAAAAGUCAUAGAAGACAACUACAAGCUCUUCCUGCAGCAGCAGUUCACGUUUAUUGGAGCUCUGCAGCACACCAGAGAGAAUGCACACGACAUGAUCAGACCCGUGGCGAGCAUCAGUCAGGUACAGUCCUACAUGGACCACCACUGUAACAACUUAACGGACAGGCGUAUCCUCACCAUGUUCCUAAACAUCUGUAAUGACCUGAGCAAUCUCUGCCACAAGCUGGAAACCAUGCAUCGUGGUAACAGCACAACCAAUGAAAUUUUGGAAAGAUGCAAGCUGCUCCUUAACCACAGCAAUGAUCUGAGCACCAUCAGAGCCAAAUAUCCUCACGAUGUUGUGAAUCACCUGAGCUGCGACGAAGCAAAGAAUCACUUUGGAGGUGUGGUGAGCCUCAUCCCCAUCGUCCUAGAUGGUGUGAAGGAGUGGCUGUCCCACAUUGAGAAGCUGCCACGGCACAUGGUGUGUAACGUGAGUGAUACAAGUGCUGAGAAGAGGGCACCCCAGGAUGCAGCAUCUAGGGCAGCCAUUUCCCCCCAAACACCUUCCGUCCAUCCUGAAGCUCAGACCUCAGUUAGUAACAAAGAUUGUGUACAAGUGCAGGGGAAUAAGCGUGUCAGAAAGAAGCACAUGACUGACAAUCACUGUGGGAAACUUAAAGGCCCCUGGAAACCACCUGGCAGACAUGCCUUUUAA